AUGGGAACUCCAGUAACAAUUCAAAUCGCUGCUGCUAAUUACGGCGAAUAUGAUAGUCAAUCGAGUUAUCGCCGACCAUUUAGUGAACGGCGUGAACAUGAAAAUGCAUUGCUAUUUAAUUAUGAUGGCUCAACUAGUGGUCAACAUACAAAAUAUGGCUCUACUGCAUCACAUAGUCAUGAUACAGCACGUCGACGUGGCGUUGAUUUUCCUACUGAUCAAUCAUCAGCUCCUGCGCGGAAUUCACUUCGACGUACGCCUCUUGCAAAUCGCGGUUCUCUAUAUGAUCCAUUUGCUAAUAUAGAUGGAUCAGUAUCGAAUGAAAUCGAUCCAACUCGAACAUCUACACUAAAUUGCCUUGUACCCGCUAGUGUAGCUGUUGUUACCAGGGCAUUUUCGCGUCCAUUAGAAGAAGAACUAACUGUCGAAGAGCAACUUGAAGCAUCGAAACAUCCUGAUUUUGAAUCAUGCGAACGCGUUGUUAUAAAUGUGUCUGGUUUAAAAUUUGAAACUCAAUUGCAAACAUUAAAUAAUUUUCCUCGUACACUACUUGGAAAUCCAUCGCGACGUAUUCGUUUUUUUGAUCCGUUACGUAACGAAUAUUUUUUCGAUAGAAAUCGACCGAGUUUUGAUGCUAUUCUUUACUAUUAUCAAUCAAACGGCCGACUAAGACGACCAAAUCAUGUACCAAUAGAUGUAUUUACAGAAGAGAUCAAAUUUUUCGAAUUAGGCGAAGAUGCAUUUAAUAAAUUUCGUGAAGAUGAAGGUUUUAUUAAAGAAGAAGAACGCAUACUACCUAAACCUGAAGUUCAACGAAAAGUUUGGCUCCUAUUUGAAUAUCCUGAAACUUCUCAAUGGGCACGUGUUAUCGCUAUUAUAUCUGUUUCUGUUAUUCUUAUGUCAAUUGUCAUAUUUUGUCUUGAAACUCUUCCUAAAUUUAAACGCUAUCGUGUACGACCAGCCGACAAUACAUCUUAUGAUUCAUCUCGUUUAACUAUUGAAGAAGAUGAUAUACCUGAAUUGACUGAACCAUUUUUUAUUAUUGAAACAUGUUGUAUUGUUUGGUUUUCAUUUGAACUUCUCGUUCGUCUAUUUUCAUCGCCAAUGAAACUUGUCUUUCUUAAAUCAAUGAUGAACAUUAUUGAUAUAGUUGCUAUUGUACCUUAUUUUAUCACGUUAUUUACGAUAUUAGCUGAAGAAAAAACGAAAUCCAAUCAAGCUAUGUCGUUAGCUAUACUACGAGUUAUACGUCUUGUGCGUGUUUUCCGUAUAUUUAAAUUAUCGAGACAUUCGAAAGGUCUACAAAUAUUGGGUCAAACAUUACGUGCGAGUAUGCAAGAAUUAGCUCUAUUAAUAUUUUUUCUAUUCAUCGGUGUUAUACUAUUUUCGUCGGCGGUUUAUUUUGCUGAGCAAGGUGAACCGGAAUCAUUUUUCAAAUCCAUACCGGAUGCAUUUUGGUGGGCUAUGAUCACGAUGACUACAGUUGGCUACGGAGAUAUGCGCCCAGUAGGUAUAUUUGGCAAAAUUGUUGGGUCAAUGUGUGCUAUUGCCGGUGUACUUACUAUUGCUUUACCUGUGCCUGUUAUCGUGUCAAAUUUUAAUUAUUUCUAUCAUCGAGAUAUUGAUUCCGAAGAGCAGAAAGACAUAAAAUAUUCUGCGCCAGAAAAUUUGACUUCGCCGACUGGUGAUAUUAAUGCUGAUCAAUAUGCUUUAGCAAUAUCAGCAAGGGGUAGUAAUGAUGACAUUAAUAAAAACAAAUCUGUUUCAUCAGCUGAUGCAUAUCAUCAUUUAGAUGAAUCCGAUUCAUUUCUUCAUUCGUUCUCUAUUGCUGAUGAUAAUACACUUCGGUCGCCAACUGCAAACCAUAAAGUACAAAAAACCUCACCAACACAACAACUAAUACAAAGAAAGCUUCCAUCUUCAAAUAAUAAUAGUUUACAUCCAUCGAAUGAACCGCUUAAUGUUGAAACUGAUGUUUAG